AUGCCGCCUCGUUAUCCAUUCAGAGGAGGAGGUGGGGCACAUCCUGAUGAAGGCCAUCACCAAUCGCCAGAGAGGCGUCAGCCUCGCACCGCAGAGGCGCAGGGGCACGCCUAUCCAACCUACGAUUUGGGGGCGGAACCGACCUCACCGCCGCACGUCGCUUUUGAUGCGUACAAUUUGCCCCCGUCUACCCCAGGCGACCAUUCGGGCUACGAACUGCCCUCUGCAGACUACUACAACGAACAUCGUCCCUCGUACCCUCCUCCACCUCACACGGGCUCUCCUCGCCUGUCGAAUCCGUACAACGACUCCUCGCACGCCCACCAUGGCGGCCCGGACCCUUUUGACGAGCACGACGGCGAUGUGCCUCUGUUGCCGAGAGAGGGCAACUAUGCAUAUGCGCCCGCCUCACAUUUCGACGAGCACGGCAACCACGUAGGACCCAUUGACAAGUAUGCUGAUGGCGAUGACGAUGUGAUGGAUGAAGACGCGGUCAACGGUCAAGCAAGAGGGCGAUUGCUCCGCACGCAAGGCGCACACGACGACGACGGCUACAUGCCCGGCGGCUUCGAUCCCAACAUGCUCGAGAAUGGUCAAGCUGGUGGCGUGCGCUACGGCAAGAUCCCGCAACGUGUGCCACGACGAUACAAGACGCUCAAGAGGGUCGAGCUCUACCACGGCAAUCUCGUCCUCGACUGCCCUGUGCCCUCCAAGCUGCUCGACAAGCUCAACGAUCGCGAGUCUCGAGAGUUUACCCACAUGCGAUACACCGCCGCUACCUGUGACCCAGACAAUUUCAAGGACGAGCGCUACACACUCCGACAAGUCCUCUUUGAUCCUCCCCGCCGCACCGAACUUUUCAUCGUCCUGACCAUGUAUAACGAGGAUGAAGAGCUCUUUACACGCACCAUGCACGGCGUCAUGACCAAUAUCGCGCACCUCUGCACGCGAGAGCGCUCCAAAACCUGGGGCAAGGAGGGCUGGAAAAAGGUGGUUGUCUGCAUCGUCUCGGACGGCCGACUGAAGAUCAACUCGCGCACCUUGGCGUGUCUCGCCGCCAUGGGAGUCUACCAGGAGGGUGUUGGUAAGAACGUCGUCAACGGCAAGCCCGUCACCGCCCACAUCUACGAGUACACCGCUCAGCUCUCGAUCGACCCCAGCAUGCACUUCAAGGGCCGCGAGAAGGGGAUCAUGCCCGUGCAGAUCCUGUUCUGCCUCAAGGAGCGCAAUCAGAAGAAGAUCAACUCGCACCGCUGGUUCUUCAACGCCUUUGGUCAGAUCUUGCAACCCAACAUUUGCGUUCUGCUCGAUGUCGGAACCAUGCCGCGACCUCGAUCCAUCUAUCAUCUCUGGAAAGCGUUUGAUAUCAAUUCGAACGUCGGCGGUGCCUGCGGCGAGAUUGUGGCGCUCAAAGGCAAGUACUGGGGAGCACUGCUCAACCCGCUCGUGGCUGCGCAGAACUUUGAAUACAAGAUGUCCAAUAUCCUCGACAAACCGCUCGAGUCGGUCUUUGGCUACAUUACGGUGCUACCAGGCGCCUUUUCAGCUUAUCGCUACAUUGCGUUGCAAAACGAUGCGCAUGGACAGGGGCCGUUGUGCUCGUACUUCAAGGGCGAGACGCUGCACGGAGGCCAGUCGGAUGCAGAUGUUUUCACGUCCAACAUGUAUCUGGCCGAAGACCGUAUCCUGUGUUGGGAGCUGGUCUCAAAGCGAGACAGUGCUUGGAUUCUGCACUACGUCAAGUCGGCUCAGGCUGUCACGGAUGUGCCCGACCAGGUGCCCGAGCUGAUCUCGCAGCGUCGACGAUGGCUCAACGGAUCCUUCUUUGCCGGUAUCCAUUCGAUUAUCAAGUUUGGCUACAUCUAUCGAUCUUCGCACUCGUUCGGUCGAAAGUUUGCGCUGCACAUCGAGAUCUUCUACCAGACGAUCCAGCUCAUCUUUUCGUGGUUCGGUAUGGCCAACUUCUUCAUCGCCUUUUUCAUCCUUACAAGCGCGAUGAGCGACAGGAUUCAUGCGCUUCAUGUUCCCAAUCUGGUGCUCUCGUACAUCUACAUCGCCUUUAUCAUCUUUUGCUUCUUGCUGUCCAUGGGUAACCGCCCCGCAGGGAGCAAGGCUGGAUACACGCUUGCUAUGGUGGUCUUUGCGCUUCUGACGCUGUACAUGACAGGCGCUGCGGUCUACCUGGCCACCGAUUCGAUCCUCAAUGCGACCGGACCCAAUGGGGGAGGGGCGGAGUCUCUCGUCUCGAACCGGACGUUUGUAAAUAUUGUCAUCUCGCUCGCCGCGACGUACGGAAUCUGGGCGAUUGCGAGCAUCAUGUUCCUCGAACCCAUGCACAUGAUCACGUCCAUCGUCCAGUACCUGCUGCUGGCCCCGACGUUCGUCAACGUGAUCAGCAUCUACGCUUUCGCCAACAUCAACGACAUUUCCUGGGGCACCAAGGGCUCGGACACGGUCAUGACGGAUCUGGGUGUUGUCGGUGGAGGGUCCGGCACCAACCAGGUCGAAGUGGCCAUUCCGACCGAGUCAAAAGACAUUAACGAUGCGUACGACGAUGCGAUCCACGUGUUGAGCAACAAGGCUCCCAAAGCCGGGCCGAGCACGGUCGACAAGGACCAGAAGCAGAAGGACUACUACGCCACGGUCAGGACCAAUGUGGUGCUUUGCUGGAGUCUGAGCAAUGCCGCACUGGUUGUCGGUAUUCUGAACAUCAGCUCGGUGGCCACAAGGACGAUCUACAUGGGAUUUUUGCUGUACUCUGUCGCAGGGCUGGCACUGUUCAGGAUGAUGGGCUCGAUGAUCUACUUGAUCAAGCGGCUGUUUUCUGGAGAGUAG